AUGGUUAUGCGGGAGCCGGUGGUGCGUAUGUUCAGUGCCGUGACGGGGGAGACCCUCUCAGUCAUGGGCAAUGUGUUUCUCCUGAGUACGUCUGUGGCCAGGCUCAUGACCCUGGUGUCCCAGCAGUGUGGGCUUCCCGUCAGCUCCUUCAGACUGAGCUCUCCCACCGGCCUGCAACUCUAUGACUGCAACCGGCUGCACGACUACGCCAUUGACCUGGGGGCUACUCUACGGUUGGACACCUGGGAUGGGUGGGCGGAGUUCCUCAGAGGCUGCUUCCUGGGACACAGACUGACCGUCCAACGACACCUGUCUAGAGAGAGACCUGUGAUGAGGUUCCAGCUCCGGGUGGCACUCUACAUCGCUGCUUCUCUGGGCCACCUGGACCUGGCCGGCUGGCUGCUGGAGAGGGGGUUGCGUGUCAUUGAACCGGUGGGGGUUCACCCUUAACGUGAGUGGUGCCACCAGACUGCCCACCCCGACGUCGCCAAGUGUCCCGCUGUCGCCUCCAUCGAGCGCGGCCAGCUCACCAUCCUCAAACUCUUUAUCGCCAGCAGCGUUCUGACCCUUGCCUGUCGGGAUCCCCAGGGUCGUGACCCCCUGAGGAUCGCCCUCCAGUAUGGCCACAGGGAGUGUGUGAGUCACCUGGCCACCAAGCUGUGCUCUGUGGUGGUCCUCCCAGGUAUGGCCCUGCCCAUGCGGACAUACCUCCAGAUAAAGGGCUGGGUGAGGCUGGGGCAGAGGAGGGCAGCAUCCAGGCACUGCAUGGGCCUCAACAGGGCUCCUUAUCCUCCCUGAAUAGAUUUCAGUACAAACAAAUCAUGAGCCAACCAUCAUGCUUAGAAGGUACAUUGUCAAAUCAAAUCAACUCAA